AUGUCUCAUCCUCAGCUCAUCUUCCACCACACUACCUUCGGUCCCGGCUCCAUUCUCUACCGGCGCCGAAACACAGUCGCAAAGACAACCCUGUACACACAGCUAGAGAGACUGCGAGAAACAGGCCGAUACGAUUGCUUCAAGCUACAGUGGCAUGAGAUCUAUGAUGAUAAGUCUAUGUGGCCUGUCCCGUUUCAUCUCUUUUGGGACAGCGACAUAGCGAAGUGGAUCGAGGGUGCCUGUUACUUUCUGCAAGAUGAGUUUGAUGAGAAGAUUGACAAGGCUGUCAAAGAGCUUGUUGAGAUGAUACGGGGGGCGCAGCAGGAUGAUGGAUAUCUGAAUGUUCAUUACACUGUAGUUGAACCGGGAAAGAAAUGGACGAAUUUGCAGGAUAUGCAUGAGUUGUACAAUGCAGGCCAUUUGAUCGAAGCUGCCAUCGCACACCACCAAUACUACAAGGACAAACUCCUCCUCGAACCCAUCGAGAAAUACAUCGCUCUCAUCCACCGUACUUUCGGACCUGCCGACGACCAACUCCACGGCUACCCAGGUCACCCAGAGAUCGAGCUCGCCCUCUUCCGUCUCUAUCAAGCCACCGGAAACAAACAAGCCUACGAUCUAUCUCGCUACUUCAUCGAAGAGCGCGGCAACAAGAAUGGUCAAGGUGGCCAGCACUAUUACGAAUGGGAAUCCAAGAAGCGCGGCCAGAAUCUCUAUCAACGACCGGAUUCAUACCCCGAGCAUGCUUCUCACUGGUACUGCCAAGCUCAUAAACCCAUCCUUGAGCAAGAGACCGUGGAGGGCCACUCAGUACGCGCAAUGUACUUGCUCACUGCUGUAGCUGACAUGGUCUGCAUCAACGACCAAUCUUUGCAAGCUUCAUCGGACUGGAAGAAUACCCUCUACCGCCUAUGGAACAACAUGGUCGACAAGAAGAUGUAUCUCACCGGUGGGAUAGGCGCCAUCAAGCAGUGGGAGGGCUUCGGACGCGACUACUUCCUUCCACAAAGCACAGACGAAGGAGGCUGCUAUGCCGAAACUUGUGCUUCGAUCGCCGUUAUGAUGCUUGCAGAGCGCCUUCUCCACAUCGACCUUGACGGGCGAUUUGCAGAUGUUAUGGAACUCUGCCUCUACAACAACGUCAUGACCUCGAUGAGUCUUGACGGCAAGGCUUUCACGUAUGUGAACCAACUGGGCAGUUCAGAGACCGACAAGAGCGUACGUGAGGAAUGGUUCUGGUGUGCUUGUUGCCCGCCGAACGUCACACGUCUUUAUGGCUCUUUGGGUGGGUAUCUCUGGGACUUUGGCAAGACCACCGAUGGAGAGGCCUUCGUUAAUGUGCAUCUGUAUACGAAGGCGACUCUGAAGUUCGAAGUUGAUGGGCAGGUCGUGACUCUUGAGCAGGAUUCAGACUGGCCAUGGGACGGAGCGGUCAAGUUUCGCCUUACAGCCCCCGAGCCACUGACAACUACAAUCAGACUAAGAAUACCUGGGUGGUCCCAGAACAAGUACCGGCUGAGUCCUGAUCUAAGCGAAGGAAGUAUUGAUCUGCAAAAGGGCUAUCUGACCCUCGAUCCAUCCUACGUCGCAAAGAAUCUAGAGUUCUCCCUAACGAUCGGCACCUUUACACCGCGCUACAUUGCUCCCCAUCCUUACACCAACCAGCGAACACUGACUCUGGCUCGAGGCCCUCUAGUAUACUGCAUGGAAGAUGCUGAUAAUACAUGGGAAGAUAAUCACUUCAAGGAUGUCGGGCUAAAGACGACUGUUCCCAUUGUAGAGGAGAAGAAGUCGCUUGGGGAAGAGGAAUAUGUUGCGCUGAAGACGUCUUGUUGGCGUCGACAGUUACAGGGUGCAGAAGCCGGCGCAGCUCCUGGCUUUGUAGUCGAUGGCGAGAUAGAUGCUGGAGUAGAAAAGGAAGCUGUCUUUGUGCCGUACUGCCUGAGGGCAAAUCGAGGAGGAAAUGGACACAUGAGAGUUGGUCUGAUUCAUGUAUGA